GCCAACGAUGGAGCCACAAUCAAAAAAUUGAAUUGAAUUAAUCUUCUAACUUCGUAAUUAUUUUUGGCUGACUACCUUAUUAAAGCAAGUAAACUACAAUUUUAAAUAAAUAAACAAUCAUUUAAAUAACUCAAUAUGUCAGAAAAUAUAUCUUACCUAUAUUCAAAGGCUCGAAAGGACUUUGGACGACAACCAAGAUUUUGUGAAGUCGCUCCUAAUCUAUUAGAUUCUAUUAACCCUGACAGAAAGCAACAACGUGAAUACUGUUUACGUAAUCCCGUGCAUCAUUAUGCUCAAGCUACAGAACCUCAGAUAGAGCAUGAUGUUAAUACGAAAGUACUCGAACUGCAAGAGCAAGGUGUCAACCACGAAGAAGGUGGAUGGCCUAAAGAAGUUAAUUUAGCUGACGAGGAAGUUACCACGCGGUAUCGCCGUCGCUAUGAACGUGACGAUGCUUACGUAGAUGCUGUAUUAGGCCUAUAUCCAAAUUUUAUUCAUUACGUUGAUCAGAAUAAUGGUAUAGAAAUAUACGAAAAGUUUUUCAAAGAAAUAACACCAUUGAAACCUUACGAGACACCAUCUAUACAUGUAAAUAAUGUCUUUAAAGAUCCUGAUAAUCGCUCUAUCGCGUGUUUGGGUUGGACACAAGAAAGCAAUUCGAAAAUAGUAACGGCGUAUUGCAACAAAAAAUUUCCUAUAACAAAACCUGUUAAUACCAAUAUUUUGUGUUACGUUUGGAACAUAGAAAAUCCAUACAGUCCAUCGGACGAAUUCCAGCCUCCAACUGCCUGUUGGCAAAUUGCAUGCUCUCCGGUUCAUCCCGCUAUUAUAAUGGGUGGAUUGGACGACGGCAGAGUGUGUAUUUUUGACAUCCGUGCUAAAAAAGAACCUACAAAUUUAAGUUCGUUUUAUACAGCACAUAGAGAUCCCGUGUCUGCACUUCUAUACAUACCUUCACGGCAUAAUAAUGAAUUCUUCACUGGUUCUACAGAUGGCGCUUGUAAAUGGUGGGACGAACGAAUGUUAACUAUACCAACUGACGUUAUGAUCAUGUCAAUACGUCUAUCUGAGGGAGAGGAAGCAAGUUUGGCUAAUUCUGAAGGAGUUAGUGCCUUACAAUACGAUCGUUCAUUUCCCACAAAAUUUAUGUGUGGAACCGACACUGGUUUUGCAAUCAGUAUUAACCGUAAAGGAAAGAGCUUUAAAGAAAAGUUCCACGGAGUGUUCCAAGCUCAUAAAGGGCCAGUUAAAGCCGUCCAUCGUAGUCCCUGCACCUCAAAAAUGUUUAUCACUUGUGGAGAUUGGACUGUGCAUAUUUGGAGUGAAGAUAUCCAUUCGUCUCCUAUAAUACCAGGUAUGACAAACCGCCAUCAAAUAUUAGACGUAAUUUGGGCACCCCACAAAUUCUCAUGCUAUAUGACAGCUAAUGUUGAUGGAAAAUUUCGAUAUUGGGACAUGUUACGUAGAUAUCAUGAACCUAUUGUUACAUUGCCAGUGUCCAAGUAUCCUUUGCAAAAAAUUCAAGCCCACGGAGACGGGAAAUUAAUAGCGAUUGGAGAUAGUAGAGGUGGUUUAUUCGUUUUGUCUUUAUCAGAUAGUUUGGUUGAAGCUUCUGACCGAGAUAAGCAAUUGAUGACACAAAUUUACGAUCGUGAAUCACGUAGAGAACAUAUAUUAGAAAAUCGUGUGAAGGAAAUACGUUUGAAAUUAAAAGCUGAGGAGGGUGCAGUAGCGGCUUCACAACUAGACAUAGUUGACGAGGAGGCCUCGAUUCAAGCCGCUGACGGCGAGUACAAAAGGAUUGUUGCAGAAGAAUUGAGGCUGGCUGGUAAUGCACCACCUUCCAAAUACAUGGGAAUUCGAGACGACGCAAUGCGCAAACGUUAAAUAACUACACAAUGUUUUUAACUUUAAUUAACAAUAUUUAAUAUUUAA